GGUUCUGAUUCCAUACCAGAGGAGGAAUAGGUUUGUCUUCAACAAACCUUCAGUUGUCCUGAAGACAAACCUAAUUCUGGAGACGUCAAAUAAUCUAGAAGAGACAAGCAAACUGAUGAAAAAUAGUGAAUCUUUAAGGACUCAGGAUGUUGCUGGGAGCUGUUCUACUGCUAUUAGCUCUGCCCAGUCAUGGCCAGGAUACCACAACUCAAGGGCCCGGAGUCCUGCUUCCUCUGCCCAAGGGGGCCUGCACAGGUUGGAUGGCAGGCAUCCCAGGGCAUCCAGGCCAUAAUGGGGUCCCAGGUCGUGAUGGCAGAGAUGGCACCGCUGGCGAGAAGGGUGAGAAAGGAGAUCCAGGUCUUAUCGGUCCUAAGGGAGACACUGGUGAAACUGGAGUAACCGGGGCUGAAGGUCCCCGAGGCUUUCCGGGAAUCCAAGGCAGGAAAGGAGAACCUGGAGAAGGUGCCUAUGUAUACCGCUCAGCAUUCAGUGUGGGAUUGGAGACCUACGUUACUGUCCCCAACAUGCCCAUUCGCUUUACCAAGAUCUUCUACAAUCAGCAAAACCACUAUGAUGGCUCCACUGGUAAAUUCCACUGCAACAUUCCUGGGCUGUACUACUUUGCCUACCACAUCACAGUCUAUAUGAAGGAUGUGAAGGUCAGCCUCUUCAAGAAGGACAAGGCUAUGCUCUUCACCUAUGACCAGUACCAGGAAAAUAACGUGGACCAGGCCUCCGGCUCUGUGCUCCUGCAUCUGGAGGUGGGCGACCAAGUCUGGCUCCAGGUGUAUGGGGAAGGAGAGCGUAAUGGACUCUAUGCUGAUAAUGACAAUGACUCCACCUUCACAGGCUUUCUUCUCUACCACGACACCAACUGAUCACCACUAACUCAGAGCCUUGUCCCAGGCCAAACAGCCCCAAAGUCAAUUAAAGGCUUUCAGUACAGUUAGGAGACUAUUAUU